AUGCCGAAAGUUGUGGUACCAGGUCAACAUAAGACCGAUGAGAAGAUGCGGGCCUUUGCCGAGCAGGUCUUCGCAUCUGAAACCAAAGGCGAGGACGUCCGAGAUGAGAUUUCGGUGUUUGACGUGCCCGAUGACUGUCCCAUCAUCCACCAUGAAAUGGCACACCACUUGCAUGCUGACGAUGAUCUUGAGAAGCGCAAGCGGCGCUUUCGCGGUAUGCCCAGACCUGAUGCCCAAACAUCUGCAGCCAAUGUAGUGUCAACCCAAGUGGACACACCCACCUAUCUGGAAGUGCCGGACUUCCAAAGAGUCGCCAUCAUUGGAGACUACGCCUCUGGGGUUACCAUGGACGACUUUGAGCUGUCCUGCAAAGGUUUAUACCGUGCGUUGACCAUCAGAGAGAAGUACAUGAGGCUAGCCUAUCAGCGUUUUCCAAGGACCGCCUCGCAGCACCUCCGCGAUAUUGAAGGCGAAACCUUCAAGGUCGAGGACCAGGUGCAACCUGUUUUCACACCCCCACCGAAGGAUGGAGAGGAUCCAUUUGAAACAGCAGACCUGCCAGAGAAUCUGGGCUACGUUGCACGUAUGAAGGAUGGUCUCAUCUAUUUGUAUGACGAUGCCCAAGCUGCCGACAAACAUCAGCCCAGAGACCUGCCAUAUCCCAACCACACUACCUUCAUUGAUGACAUGAACUUCCUCAUCGCUCUCAUUGCUCAGGGCCCCACAAAGACAUACACUCAUCGUCGUCUGAAGUUCCUCAUCUCCAAAUUCAACGUGCAUGAAAUGCUGAAUGAGAUGGAGGAGAUGAAAGAGCUGAAGAAUAACCCUCACAGGGAUUUCUACAAUUGUAGGAAGGUGGACACACACAUCCACGCCGCUGCAUGCAUGAACCAGAAACACCUCCUGCGCUUCAUCAAGAAGUCAUACCGAGUGGACGCUAACCGCAUCGUGCACAAUCUUAAAGGGAAAGAGGUCACCUUGAAGGAGCUUUUUGAAUCCCUCAGCCUGCAUCCAUAUGACCUCACUGUGGAUUCGCUGGACGUGCACGCUGGCAGACAAACCUUUCAGCGUUUUGAUAAGUUCAAUGCCAAGUACAACCCUGUUGGAGCAAGCGAACUGCGUGACCUCUACCUGAAGACAGAGAAUCACAUCAAUGGAGAAUACUUUGCUACUAUCAUCAAGGAAGUAGCCAGCGACCUAGAAGAUGCAAAGUACCAAUACGCUGAGCCGCGCCUGUCAAUCUACGGCUGCACGGCCAAUGAGUGGAACAAACUCUCCAACUGGUUCGUCAAGCACAGAGUCUACUCUCCUCACCUCAAGUGGAUGAUUCAAAUUCCCAGGAUCUAUGACAUCUUCAGAGCAAGGGACUUUGUCCCCCACUUUGGCAAGAUGCUGGAGAACAUUUUCCUCCCUGUGUUCAAUGCCACUAUUGACCCAAAGUCCAACCCUGAGCUCAGCAUCUUCCUCAAGCAUGUGACAGGUUUUGACAGUGUGGAUGAUGAGUCGAAGCACAGUGGUCAUAUGUUCUCCACCAAGAGUCCCAAACCAGAGGAGUGGGACAUUGCUAAGAACCCGUCUUACACCUACUACAUCUACUACAUGUAUGCCAAUAUCUCUGUGCUCAACCAGCUACGAAGACAGAGAGGCAUGAACACAUUCAUGUUCAGGCCUCAUUGCGGUGAAGCCGGCGCCAUCACCCAUCUGUUGGCUGCCUUCAUGACAGCUGACAACAUCUCACACGGCCUCAACCUCAAAAAGAGUCCAGUACUGCAGUACCUGUACUACCUGACCCAGAUCCCCAUUGCCAUGUCUCCCCUAAGCAACAACAGUCUCUUCCUUGAGUACGCCAAGAACCCACUACUGGAGUUCCAAAAGAAAGGCCUGGUGGUCUCUCUCUCCACUGAUGACCCGAUGCAGUUCCACUACACCAAGGAGCCUCUGAUGGAGGAGUAUGCCAUCGCAGCACAGGUUUUCAAGCUAAGCACCUGCGAUAUGUGCGAGAUCUCCAGAAACAGUGUGUUGCAGAGUGCAAUGUCAGAUGAGGAGAAGAGUCACUUCUUGGGUCAGAACUACUUGAAGGAGGGUCCGGAGGGGAACGACAUCAGGAAAACCAAUGUGGCCCAGAUCCGUAUGGCGUACCGCUUUGAGACCAUUUGCUAUGAGCUCAACCUCAUCAAGGAGGGUCUGAAGUCUGAAUAA